AUGGUUAGAUUAUCUAUCAGUUCGCUCGCUAUUUUUAGUUCUUUAUUAACUGCAAAGGCAGCUGCAAAAGAUGUCCUUUGUUUAGUUAAUGACAGCCCAGUUGCAACCGUCGAUUUAGAUACUGGAGUUUGUCCAUUUCAACUCCCAGCUGAAUUAGUUGCUUUUUUCGACUAUGCUAGUUCAGAAGACUACAACGUUCAAUUCUACUAUGCUAUUGCUAAUAGUGUAAGAUAUUUUACUGAUAUUGUCCAUGCUGGUACUGAAAUUAGUAUUCCAGCUAACCAAAUUUACGGCACUGACGGUUCUCCAGUUUUCCAAGUUCACGUCGAAAACACCCCAGCCUCUAAUUCUACUGCUGCUAUCAAAAGAAGAAUGUUAGAACAAGUUGAAGUUAUCAAGAGAGAUGAAGCUUCUGACUUUGCUGAAUCUUUAAAAUCUGUUGAUGGUACUUUAGUUAACUCUGCUCUUUUCAGGGUUGUUGAUGCUCCUAGCGGAUCAUCUUCUAUUGUCUCUGGUACUCCUACUGGUACCGUUCCUGUUUCUUCUGGUGUUAACACCGUUCCAACCGGUGAUGUUACCGAAACAUUGGAAUCUACUAAGGUUAUCACUGUUACCCACUGUUCUGAUAACAAAUGUUCGGCUACUACCGUACCAGCAACCCCAACAGUCACCACAUACACCGUUGAUGGUACCGUUACCUCGUACACAACUUACUGUCCACUCACUGACGCUGCAGACGUUACUGAAACUGUUGAAUCUACUAAGAUCAUUACUGUCACUCAAUGCUCCGACAACAAGUGUUCUGAAUCCACUGUUGCAGCUACCCCAACUCUUACUACUGAAACUAUUGAAGGUACUGUUACUGCUUACACCACAUACUGUCCAGUCUCUGAAGAUUCUGGUGUCACUGAAACUGUUGAAUCUACCAAGGUUAUUACUGUCACUCAAUGCUCCGACAACAAGUGUUCUGAAUCCACUGUUGCAGCUACCCCAACUCUUACUACUGAAACUAUUGAAGGUACUGUUACUGCUUACACCACAUACUGUCCAGUCUCUGAAGAUUCUGGUGUCACUGAAACUGUUGAAUCUACCAAGGUUAUUACUGUCACUCAAUGCUCCGACAACAAGUGUUCUGAAUCCACUGUUGCAGCUACCCCAACUCUUACUACUGAAACUAUUGAAGGUACUGUUACUGCUUACACCACAUACUGCCCGGUUUCUGAAAAUGUCUCCGCCCCAGGUACUGCUGCUCCAGGUACUGAAGCCCCAGAAGCUACUUCUAGUUCUCCAGCCGGUACUGCUGCUCCAGGUACUGAAGCCCCAGAAGCUACUUCUACUUCUCCAGCAGGUACUGCUGCUCCAGGCACCGAAGCUCCAGAAAGUACCUCUCCAGCCGGCUCUGCUGCCGGUACUAACUCUCCAACAGUCGCUGCUCCUUCUACUGCUGCUUCUUCUGUUGCUGCCAUUUCCACCUACGAAGCUUCUGCUGUCACUCAAGGUAGCUCCUUGUUAGCCUUACUUUUAGUCUCGUUGGUUCACUUUUUCUAA